UGCCUCGCGUGCAUGCCUCAUCUCCCCCACCCCACUUUCAGAGGCUCCCUGGAAACGGAGGAGGCUCAAUUCCCGCACCUCCCUCCUACCCAGCGCACUUAAAAAAUAAUUUCGAUACUUAUCACCAGAAGCAUAUUUGCAACUACAAUAAAAUCCAGGACACCUGCCCGGCAGCACGUUAGCCUGGCUCUUUUAUAGUCUUCAACUUUGCACACUGUGAUUACCGCUGCCUGCCUGGCUGAUGUUUGCUGCCGGAGCCUCAAGCUCCUUCUCUUAUUGUGAUCGUUGGCUCCGGAGCAGCUGUCAAACGCGUCGUUUCGCAGCACUUGAUCCGAACCCGGCUGCCUCCAAGACUUGGUCUUGGGCAACCGUGGGUGGGCAAGGAAGGAUGUUAUUUUAUUUUAUUUUGUUAAGGGGAGUGAAGAAACGAAAACGUGAGGACUGCAGUUCACUAGCGGCGGUGAUGAAGACGAAAUUGAACAUCUACAACCUGCAGUUGCUGCUUUUUGUUUUCUUGGUGUGGUACCCUGCCAGGUUGGUGCUGGCUAACAUCCAAGAAGAUGAGGCUAAAAAUAACAUUACCAUUUUUACAAGAAUUCUUGACAGACUUCUGGAUGGUUACGAUAAUCGGCUUAGACCAGGACUGGGAGACAGUAUUACUGAAGUCUUCACUAACAUCUACGUGACCAGUUUUGGCCCUGUCUCAGAUACAGAUAUGGAAUAUACAAUUGAUGUUUUCUUUCGACAAAAAUGGAAAGAUGAACGUUUAAAAUUUAAAGGUCCUAUGAACAUCCUUCGACUGAACAAUUUAAUGGCUAGCAAAAUCUGGACUCCAGAUACUUUUUUUCACAAUGGGAAAAAAUCAGUAGCUCAUAAUAUGACAAUGCCAAAUAAGUUGCUUCGAAUUCAGGAUGAUGGGACUCUACUGUAUACAAUGAGGCUUACAGUUCAAGCUGAAUGCCCAAUGCACUUGGAGGAUUUCCCAAUGGAUGCUCAUUCAUGUCCUCUGAAAUUUGGCAGUUAUGCAUAUACAACUUCAGAGGUCACUUAUAUUUGGACUUACAAUGCAUCUGAUUCAGUACAGGUUGCUCCUGAUGGCUCUAGGUUAAAUCAAUAUGAUCUGCUGGGCCAAUCAAUUGGAAAGGAGACAAUUAAAUCCAGUACAGGUGAAUACACUCGAAUGACAGCUCAUUUCCACUUGAAAAGAAAAAUUGCGUAUUUUGUGCUUCACACAUAUCUGCUCUUGCUCAUCUUUUUAAGAAAUGUGGAAAAUAUAAACUAUUCUACUCUGAUUGUUCCACUUUUUGUACGGCUUAAGUUAUCACUAGAUAGAGUAACAACUGUCCUAACAAUGACAACUCUAAGCAUCAGUGCUCGAAAUUCUCUCCCCAAAGUGGCUUAUGCGACUGCCAUGGACUGGUUUAUUGCUGUUUGUUAUGCAUUUGUGUUCUCUGCCCUAAUUGAAUUUGCAACUGUUAAUUACUUCACCAAAAGAGGAUGGGCUUGGGAUGGGAAGAGUGUAGUAAAUGACAAGAAAAAAGAAAAGGCUUCCGUUAUGAUACAGAACAAUGCUUAUGCAGUGGCUGUUGCCAAUUAUGCCCCGAAUCUUUCAAAAGAUCCAGUUCUUUCCACCAUCUCCAAGAGCGCAACCACGCCAGAACCCAACAAGAAGCCGGAAAACAAGCCAGCUGAAGCCAAGAAAACUUUUAACAGUGUUAGCAAAAUUGACAGAAUGUCCAGAAUAGUUUUUCCAGUUUUGUUUGGUACAUUUAAUUUAGUUUACUGGGCUACAUAUUUAAACAGAGAGCCUGUAUUAGGGGUCAGUCCUUGAAUUGAGACCCAUGUUAUAUUUGGGAUGUAUAGCAACAUUAAAUUUGGUUUGUUUUGCUAUGUACAGUCUGACUAAUAACUGCUAAUUUGUGAUCCAACAUGUACAGUAUGUAUAUAGUGACAUAGCUUACUAGUAGACCUUUAAUGGAGACAUGCAUUUGCUAACUCAUGGAACUGCAGAUGGAAAACACUCCAUGCCAAAACAGUCAUUGCCUUUUAAAAAGAUUUUUACCCUAGGACCUGAUUUAAAGUGAAUUUCAGAUGACCUGAUUUAUUUCCUAUUCUUCUAAUAGAGAUGAAAAUGGGGAUCCUGUACGACCUUUUGUGGACCCUUUUGGUUUAGCUCUUAAAUAGGAGUAUUUUCUACUGUUGCUUGAUUAUGAUGGAAGUUAACAUUGUCAUUUCUAGAUGAAUUAUUUGAAGUAACAAACAUUGUAUCUGCAACAUCAGCUCCGUUCAUGAAUGCUCAGAGUCCCUGCUAAUGUAACUGGAAGCUUGGCACACAUAAGAAAAACUAGAGAUUUGAAAUCAGCUUUUAAUUACUCUGUAUAGUAUCUAUAGCCAUGAACAUAUUACAGCAUGACAAGCUCAAAUAAUUUUGAGUCAGCCCGACAGGAUGUUAAUUAUGCCUACGAUUUAGUAACUAUUGGAGUGUCAUUGUCAUUACACUUUUAGCUUCAGAGUUUAUUUGAAAGUAAUAAUUGAAAUCCUACAAUUAAUUUUAGUCAUUGGAUACUACCUUAAUU